AUGUUGAGCAUCACCAAAUCAGCCCUAGCCGCGACUUGGCUUUGGUCUUCCUUAACAUUGGCGUUUACGAACCCAAUUAAGACACUCAAUGGAAGUGAUCCCCAGAUGGUAUAUGAUGACGGCUACUACUACCUCACUUCCACAAGCUGGACCACAGUCGAAAUCACAAAAGCUCGGACAAUUGAAGGACUAAAGACGGCCAUUCCGACUGUCAUCUACGACGAUAAAUCAGACCCCCUAAGGACGAGAAACUGGUGGGCGCCUGAAAUCUGGCGUCUCAAUGGCCGCUGGUAUGUGUACUUCUCAACAAGCAUAAAUGGCACCUGGGGCGAGAUGCUCCCAAGUCUUACCCAAUGGGUCCUCGAGGGAGGCACCGGAGCGCCUCUAGACGAGCCCUUCUCCCUGGUCGGCAAGAUACGCCCCGAUAACUACCACGGCGGAAUGCUAGAUGGGACGGUGUACAAUAUCGACGGCCAGGAUUAUUUCAUUUUCUCGUCAGUGGCCAGCGACGACGAAUCGCCGAAUGGUGCUUCGCUAUGGAUUUCCAAGCUCUUGGAUCCUACAACUGUCGGUCCAGCCACGAUGAUCGCAUAUCCAGAGUUCGACUGGGAGCACGAGGUCUCGGCAGUUCUAGAAGGACCAGCUGGCAUCACGUCUCCCUCUGGAGAGGUCUGGGUGGUGUAUUCCGCUGAUAGCUGCAACGGUCCCGAGUACAAGCUGGGAGGCAUGAAGCUCACGGCUGGUGCUGACCCGUUGCUGGCCUCGUCGUGGACCAAGCUGCAGGAGCCUUUGCUCGUCACAAGUGUUGAGAAUGGGCUGUAUGGCCCAGGGCACAACGGGUUUUUCAAGAGCCCCGACGGGACACAAGACUGGAUGGUCUUCCACGCAAACAGGAAUUCCAACGGAAGCUGCGACGCAAAGAGGCAGACGUUUAUUCAGCAGGUCCAGUGGAAUGAGGAUGGUUCACCUCAGCUUGCGCCACCGCUUCCUGCGGGAACUGAGAUCCAAGCGCCAUCUGGUGAAUGUAAGAAGAGGUCUACGCUGGCUUAA